AUGGCAGGCCGUGAGCUACCAUACGACCCCUACAUUCCCUCGGGCGGUUCAGGUCAAGGUGGAAGCGCGGGAUAUGAGGGCGGCAACACACGGACUGCUGCGAUUCAAUCGCAAAUUGACGACACCGUCAAUGUCAUGAAAAAGAACCUCGAAUCCGUAGCCCAGCGCGGCGAGCACAUCGACCAGCUCCAAGAUAAAUCCGAGAACCUCAACCAAUCCGCCCAAGGCUUCCGUCGCGGCGCCAACCGAGUCCGCAAGCAGAUGUGGUGGAAGAACAUGAAGAUGAGGAUCUGGAUCAUCGUGGGCAUAAUUGUGCUGUUGUUGAUCAUCAUCAUUCCGAGUGUGGUUGCAUCGAAGCAUCAUUGA